GAGCCGCGACACGAACUGGCAAUACGUGCACAAGGCGCACGCGCUGUUGCCACUGCACACGACCGAACCGAAGAGGAGAUUACGGUGAAAUUAUGACCGCAGGGCUUCGGAGGGUUCUGCCGAUCCAUUGUGAAGAAUAUCGUAUAGUAUAUGAGAGAGUAUAUCCUUGUACAUCGAUAAAUUUAAUGCAGUUCAAUCUUUAUUUCAGUAAAAAGACAUCAAGUAUAACUGAGUUGAAAGGAAAUUUUACAUUUAAAAUACCUAUGGAUGAUAAUUUUACACUUGAUGUAAACUUUGCGUCUUGGGAUUCAAUAGGUGGUUGGAAACCAAAUGCAGUGGUUUACAUAGCAAAGAAUGCAUGUAGUAGUUUUAAAAAUGUCCUAGGAAACGUGUGGCAUGAGCUCGUUAAAGCAUUUAACUUUCCUAGUACUAUAUAUCCAUGGCAAGUGAUAAAAAAUAAAGAAAAUACAAUACUGGGCUGCGGCGUAAUAGAGUUGACUCUUAUACGACCAUGGGAAAAUCCAACUUGA